AUGCCCAGAGGCAAAGGGAAACAAAGCCCUGCCAGCACAUCCAGUCGAUCUCCAGACCCUAAUGAACGCAGCAAGGCACCACAAGCUCCUGCACAUCGCCGAGGUGGCACUCAUAAGGUGCGCGAUUCAGACAGGACGAAUUCUGUCUAUGAUGCCUACAACUACAAGGAGCUGCUCGAUGCAGCAAAAGAGCGCGGUGUAUACCGCAAGGACAUGAAAAAGGUGGAAAUGGCUUGGGCGUUGAAGCGAAGCGAUGAAGAUAAGAAAUGCGCAGAACGCGAAAACCUAAAUGCACUCCGCAAGAAGCAAGAGGAAGCAAAAAGGGAACAGGAGCGCAUAGUUGCAGAGCAGGAGGCACUGAUCGAAGCUAAACUCAAAAGAAAGGCCGAGAAGACACGGAAAAGAGAGCGAGAAGAAAGUGUCAGCGACGACACCCUGAGUGACAACGAAAUAGAAGCUCAGCAAAACAUUCCAGAUGAGUACAGGGGCGAGGCUAUAGGAUACGCACUCAGUGUCUCGUCCUGGGAUAGUACUUCAACAGAAUCAAUUCCCGACCGCUCCAAUCACAUCCUCAUACCAUCCUGUAAACUGCAGCUCUUGGAAUGGCCACACGAAAUCCUGCCGCCUGCCAUCCCGCCUCGUGAUCUCCCACAUGUUCCUGCUCUCCGACCGACAAUAAAACCCUAUUCUCCACUCAAGAUCAUCACGACAACAAGCAAGCAGAAACUCUGCCUCCCUGGUCUCAAAUACCCUCCAACCGUAGAUCCAGACUUUGUCCCCCUUCUUCCUGACUCUGUACGUGCCGCAGCCCAUGGCGGGCAUUUAGAAGGCAUAUUAUGCAACGCUGUGAUUGAGACUGGUGAAGAAUGGGCUUCUCGGACACUCGUCCAAGGAGACAAUGCCACGCUGUAUUUUAAUCUCGGCAAUGCUAGUAAUCCGACUAAGAGUCUUGCUGAUGUGUACGGCAAGUGGAGUAUGGAAGAAAGAAGAGCGAAACGCAUAGAUAGGACUUGUGAAGCGUAUUGUGGGGCAAAGGAGGAGAGGAAGAAGAGAACAAGGAGGAUCAAGGAAAAGUUGGUGGCUGAGGUGUAUGAAACGUGCAAGUGGAGGCCCAGGGCUGUAGGAUACAUACCUGCGUAUCUAGACUUUGAACCGGGAGAAAUGCAUGACGAGGAGAAAGAGCUGGGGAAAUUGCGGUAUGUGAGGUUCAAGAGUUGCGAUGUGCCACAUUAUUAUUUUUGGGUACAGGAUACGAAA